AUGCGCACCGCUGUUGGCCCUCAGUAUAGCAGUACAGCCAAGGAAUCGAGGAGUCCUCGUGAAGUCAUUCAUAGCAUUAUUAAAGGUCAAACCGUGCACAAACAUCAGCCAACAGCUCGUUUACUCGGUGAUUUACGAAGAUCGCCAUUGAGUUCUGGAUCAGAUGGACCAAGUAUGGAAGAACCAAUUUCACCUAGGGAAGCAGAAAAAGAAGUGGUUGUCCCACAAACGCAAGUAGCAACUGUGAAAGCAUUGGAUGAAGCGGAUGAACCUCCCAAAACUCCUAAAAAUGCUGUUUCUCCCGACGGAAAGUUUCCAUCUUGGAUAUUGGAUGAGGUAAGGGAGGUAAGGCAGUCGAGUUUUUAUCGCUUGGAUCUUGGUCUCGAACUGCACACUGCCCAGACCCGACGAAGUAUACCUGGAGAUCAAGGCCGCAUUGUUCAGUGGUGUCGUUUCCCUACCGCAUUAAAAAAUAAGCAAAGGCUCACUGAGGGUUUCGUCGAUUGCCCCGCAUACGUUCAAAUGGGUGAUCGGAAUCGCAGACCACACUCGAUGCAAGCAAUUUCCCAGACAGUUUAUUUCGGUAUUCGUCGCCGAGCUUUUGUCAGACCAAAAGUUUGUCAGACUAAGCUAUGCAUCCUAGUUCGAAUCCUAAUUUCAGCUCGCUUUCCAGAUCGAGCUAUUGGAUUAAGUUCAAGGCCCGGUUUUAGAACUACGUUUAUUGUAGGCGAGCCUAGCCAGUAA